AUGGACGAACAAUUUGGUGGGGGAAUUGGAAACUCGGAACAGAACGAAUUUCUCAGUUUUCUCGAUUCUAGGCCGCUACAGGAGGCUCCAAGCGCUGCGAUAACUCCACAGGCGAUUUUGGCGCGUUCCAGCAUGCACACGUCGAAUACGAACCUACAAUCGGUUUCUCCUGCUUCAGUGAUGUCUCCUUUGAUACAGUCGCAGGGUUUGCCCUCAGCCACUACCCCGCAGCAGGUUUUAACGCAGUCAAUUGUGCCACAACAGCAGCAACAGCAGCAACAGCAACAGCAGCAUGGCCCGGGGCAUGGUCAAACACCUGUGGUGAGCACGUCACAGGUGCCUUCACGAGCAACUUCACAGGCUCCCACUCAAGCUCCCACUCCUCAGGCAAUCUUGAGCAACACAAAUAGCCUACAAGAUGCCAAAUCCCAAACUGCUAGUGCAAGGAACUCUUCCGGCUUCACAGAUAGAGCAGCAAUGUUUGCAGCGCUGCAGCAGCGACAAAAACUUCAAAUGAUGCAACAGGCUGUCUCCGCAACAGGCUCUCCCCAGGAAGCAGGGCUAGUAAGACCAUCUAUGGAGCCGCAAUCACAAGCAUCGUCUGCCGGACAGGUACCACAGACACAGCCAGCAUUUGCAGCCAACAAUAAUGCACCUCCUGCUCAGCAGCGACAGGCCAUUCAGAAUUUGGAUCCCGAGAUUCAGCGACGCGUAAGCACGGAAUUGAACAAUAAGCAGUUUGAACUAUUCAUGAAAUCACUGGUGGAGAGUUGCAAACGGCGAAACGCACCGUUGCAUUCUUUCCCUGAAAUUCAAGGUCGAAGAAUCAACCUUUUCGUUCUAUAUUCAAUGGUACAGAAGCUCGGAGGUAGCGACAGUGUGAGCCGUCUACAACAAUGGUCGAUGCUUGCUCAAAAACUACAGCUUCCUGAAGAUGCUGCGAGACCGCUAGCUGCCCUUUAUUACCACCUUUUGGUUCCCUACGAGCAGUAUCUGGCGUCCCCAGAGGGAGUAAAAGAAACUCAGUCUAAAAGGCUGUUCUUACAACAGUUUCUGCAAGAGUUGCUAAACAAAUUCACGACAUCCUAUCCAAGUGCCACCCCUAACGAUAUAGGAGUGGGAGGUCUCACUCCCGAUACUAGAAACGAAGGUCUUGAUGCAGCCAAGGUAAAGAAGCCACGGAAACCCAAGAACCCAACCAAAAAGAAGUCGAAAAAGGAUCUCGAAAAGGAAAUGAGAUAUCAACAAGAACAACUUCAGAAACAGCAUGAACUUCAACAAGAACAACAAAGCAAGCUUUUGCAGGAACAAAGAGCUAAGCAGCAGCAUGAACAGAUGCGACUGCGACAACAGAUGGCUGUUCAACAGAGCAUCGAAUACCAGAAACUUCCCAAAGUUUACAAGCGGUCAUUUGCCAGGAAUUAUGUGCCAUCUAGUAGAGCUAUUGAAACUUCCAAUGGGUACGAUAUGAGAGCUGUUUCACAAAUAGGCGAGAAAAUCGAUGCUAACAAACCUGUUUUCUUGUUUGCGCCCGAACUCGGUACUAUUAAUCUACACUCUCUGUCAUUAUCGCUCUUAUCUGAUUGUGUAUCAGAAGUAAAUGUGGCCUUGAACACUUUAUUGGUCACCAGUGCAGACUCGAUCCUCGAUAUACCCCUGAGUCGUUCUCAAAGUUUGUUAGAUUCACUGUGCAUUUUGGGGUGUCAGCUUUUAAACAAACUGUGUACAUCAGAGACCCCCAUGCAACAAAUGAAAGGAAACUACCUUGACAAAAUCGAUGUGAAGGGCGCACUUAACGAAGCUUCAAAGUAUUCAAGAGCAACUGGUAUGUUAGAUGAAGUUUUCAGUGCUAAUAGCAAGGAUCUCUUCGACGAAGAAGUUGUGAUUAAAGUUGAUUCCUUAACAGGCGUGGACUUGGAACAAUCAGUUCCUACCCCAGAGCAUACUCCCAUAACCUCAUUCGAGAUUGAAGACGAUGAUAGUGCUGUAACAGAAAAGAAUAACACGCACGAAGAAGAUUGGCAUUACUUACCAGAGGCACUUUGGCUUGCAGAUGACAUUGACAAAUGCAGAUUUGAUCUUCCAUGCUAUUUAGAGUCUCUAAGAGACGUGCGCGACGAGGUUGAUAGUCUUUUCACGAAUGCCAAUACUCGAGGGGCUGAGAACUAUCAAUUAAUGGUGGUAGAUCAGUUAUCGACCAUUUCGAUGAUUAUACGAAAUGUCUCAUUCAAUGAAGCGAACACAACUCCCAUUGCCACGAACCUUUCGUUUAAAAGGUUUCUCAGCGAUUUGCUUUGGGCCCUUUUUCUACGUGCUGAUCGAUUUGUAUUCCAUCGGAAAUCUUUGAAUUUCAAAAAAGACCUUAUCAUUACACUAACAAAUGUAUCGCAUUUGCUAGAAAUCGAUGAUCAUGUUACCGCAUGCUUACUUGUGUUUCUGAUCUUAAGUUUUUCGGAGGAAAGAGCUACGAUGGACGGAACGGAAUCUCUCGAGGUUUCAGAGUACCCCGUCAAGUUAAGCAAUUAUCAGAACUAUGGAGCUGACGUAUUGGCUAAAUUACUAUCAUUAGGAUAUCCCAACCGACUGUUGUUGAGAGCUACUUUCUUACAACAGUUCGAUAGCGAUUCUCAAUCACAAGAUGUCAUGACUUGCAAAAAACUCAUAUCGCUCUAUGAAUCGUCAUAUUCCACCCGCAAAUUUCAAGGUUUCUCGCUUUUACAUGGAACGUUUACAUCUCUUCUAUCAAUGAUUCCAUUUCAGCAGCUUAACACUACCCCAAACCUAAUUGAAGAAGUUGGCCCCAUUAUUUCGCAAAGUCUCACAGCUCUCCUUUCAUUGGCACGGUUUUGUCGAAAAGAAAACACCCCAAGAUGUGGCCCAAAUCUACCCUUGGUCUGGUUAACAAUCGACGAGAAUUUAGGUUGCAGCCUGCGCCGUCUAAGCGAGGCUCUAUCCAACCUGGGUAUCCACACUAAUCAAAAUUUGAACCAUCUCAAGCAUCUUUUCAAUGCAAUAAGCGCCAAGUGUCUUCAAUUAGUUACUCUAUUGAUCGAGAGGGCACUGGAUAUAGCGGAUGAACGUGGGUCGGGAACUGAUGAGAAAUACCAGAAGGCGCUCGAAAAUCUGAAUGCUACACCUAGUCUUUUACCCUCAGAGCAAAGCUUGAUCACUUUUUUGACCAAUCCAUUGGCUGAUUAUAUGGUUGCCAGAGAAAUGGGUGAGUUACAUCGUUUGAGAAGCCGAAUUAUGGCAGAUAGCAAGAACUUAAAUGUCACAAGACAAGAAGUCGCAGGUGCAGAUGCUAAUGACUAA